AUGGAUCCGACGCCAGUCUCUACCAUUGGUGGAAACGGCUCUGACGGCCCACACCGACCUACCUUGAGCCAUACUUCGAUCGACUCGCCAUCCACCAAGCUAGUUGAAGUACAAAGCGUGCACGAAGUCUCCGAAACAAGCUACGGAUUCUUCAAAUCCUGUGCCGAAAGGCUUCGCUUCUUCAUAAGCACCGAGCACAUCCUUGAUGCUGAGAAUCGAGGUGGGACUAAAACAAUCGCAGUCAAUCUUGCAAUUCCUGAGGAGUGGGUUCCUAUCAGCAUUUACGAGAUCAAGGAAAAUUUCGAGGGCUUUCGAGCCUUCUCUUGCUCCCCGUCGAAACACGCAGAGAGAGUUCACGCAUUCUUGAACGACUGUGAGAGUCAGCGGAGAUCGGCACUCGAGGCUGAUGAAUGCCUAGGCGAAGGCAAAUGCUUUGAUCCUUACGCCACACCUGACCACCUUGGCGGUGUCCCUUGUUUCCCCAGCGCCGAAGACUGUCUUCAUCCUUCUCACCGCUCAGUGGCUCGACUCGAAGAUCCUUCAAAGCCAAGCAUGGCGCAGUUCCGUCUAAUGCUGUACCAGCAGCGCCACCAGCUAGAUGUCGAUAUGGCAAGUUUUGCAGACAAGCCCGACAUGGCGCCCUUCUUCAUCUUGAGCGCUUCGCAUCUGGACUGGACGCAUCUCGACGUGGGAACGCCGGAAAAUGUGUCUGUCCCUAGGUACUUCCCCAUCGUGCCUUUCAAGGACCUGCAGCUCACCCCUCGCCAGAGUUUCGUCAACAUUGUUGGAUGUGUCGAACACAUCGGUGUUCUAUCUCGUCCAAAAGGCACUGCAGAGCCCUACUGGGCAAUGGUGUUGAAUGACGGUAGCCGCAGUCUCGUUGUCAAAAUCUUUCCACGUCGUGGAUCCCAGCAUGCGAUUGGUAGCCAGCUCCCAACGCUUUGCACGGGCGACUUCGUUCUCGCUCUCAACGUGAGUCCCUACCAUCCGGACAUGCUUGCGUACGACGAGUCCUCUAUCUUCAUCGCAAAAAGACGCAGGGACGGUUACGACUUGCUCGAAACGAUUCGCACAGCCGAACGUCCCGCUGGCGAGAGCCAGACAUGA